UUUAUAAAGUUUAUUUUCAAGUUAAUGUCACGUUACUGAUAAAAAGUAAUGUUUGUUUCCUCAACAACAGAUAGAGGUCAGUUCAUUAGCAUAAUGUGUCUAAUUUACUCAUAUAACAACGAACAUUGCUUUCGGGUUCGAAAUUUGAGACUCAACUUCUGAGUUUCAGUGGUAAAAAUCUUGGUAGUUGGGGUAUCCAAACUAAAUUAGGGAAGGUAUUAAAGAGAUUAAUUUACAAAAAAUUCAAACUUACUGCCCCGAUUUGAUAAUCAAUACGCCACCCGUUAAAGUACAUAACUGCAUUGUUAAUGGUAGUAAUAAAUAAUUAUUAAAUUAACUUAUUAACAUUCGGAGUUCGGACUGACCAGACUGACGUGUCCGGCGAAGUUGAAUGUUUUUAUUAUUGCGGCGUUGUGAGUGAGGCGUGAGAGGGGAGGCAGUGGUAAGUGCGGAGCAGGCGGCGGCGGCCUACCUUGAGUGGGCAGGUCCACAGCUAGAUCCCGCGGCUGGCCAUGACGCGUCUCACAUCUCGUUAACUCGCCACUAGCCAGUCGCAGACGCUCUCACAACGAAUAUGGCUGGUUUUGUGCAGUUGGUGUGUGCGUGUUUUGCAUUGUUUACUGUGGUCACCGAUGCCAUACUUUCCGGACUUUACAUUGACAAUGGUGUUGAUCAGACGAUAAUUCAUCAUACGAUUACACGACACGAGCGCAUGGUAGUAGAACAUGAAAUUUUAGAUCUUUUAGGCUUAGGAGAAAGACCCAGAAGAUCUAAAUCUCCACCUUUGGAUCGUUCGGCUCCAAGUUUCCUGUUGGACGUUUAUAAGCAACUGGCUGAGGAGCACGAACAGGCACGCCCUACACGUAGUUCUGACAUGGCUCUCAGCGGUGAUGAGCAGCAAGCUAUUGAUGAAAGUGAUUUAAUUAUGACUUUUCAAAGCAAAAGACAUCACCUGGGUGUUUUACGUCAUGGUCACGGCAGGCACAUUUGGUUCGAAGUGGCUGGUACUCCGGGGGAUGCUUCAUCCCUGCUUGCGGCGGAAUUGAGGUUGCAUAAGUCUUCGUCACAUACGGAAGACCCUACAAGCCUUUAUACUGUUAUCGCACACCGGGUGAUUAAUGUCGAUAAUUUGGGAGGAUUAGAACUAAAGCAGGUGGCUGCAGUGAACACCAGUGCCGGGGCUGAAGGAUGGCUAGAAUUAAACGUAACUAGUGCAUUGGCAGCAUGGCUUACUUCACCAGCUGAUAACCGAGGCUUUUUCAUUACUGCACAUCCCCAUUCACAACCCGAACGCCACAUCAAGCCUGAAGAAAUCGGUCUCGAAGAGCCGCGAGGAGUUACCACAGAAGGCAGACAACCGUUCUUAGUGGCAUUCUUUAAAAGUGGCCCAAAUUUAGGCAGUACAGAUUUGGGAACGAGACGAAAACGCGAGGCGAGACGUUUGCGAAAUCACAGUUACUCGGAGAACUAUGUAAAAAAUCCUUUAGCUGAUACAGCGCAUUGGACUACAAGAAGCUGUCAAAUUCAAACGUUAUAUGUUAGCUUCAAAGAUCUGGAGUGGCAGGAUUGGAUCAUAGCACCGGACGGCUAUGGGGCUUUUUAUUGUAGCGGCGAAUGUAAUUUCCCAUUGAACGCUCACAAAAACGCUACCAAUCACGCCAUAGUCCAGACUUUAGUACAUCUGAUAAAUCCUACAACGGUACCGAAACCUUCGUGUGCGCCGAUCAAGUUGUCUCCAAUCUCGGUCCUCUACUAUACGGAUGAUUCUAACGUGAUCUUGCGCAAGUACAAGAACAUGGUUGUGAAGAGCUGCGGUUGCCAUUGAUAUUGUGUAAUUCGAUAUGUAAGUGCUUAGGGCUACUUUUAAACGAAUUGUAUUUUCGGAUUUGCUCUUCAAUUAUAAUGAAAACCAGUGAAGUAGCGAAGAACAAAGCUUAGUCCGUCGUUCAAAUUCCAGAUAUAAAUCGUAAAUUUUAAAUAUUGGCACUCAUUGUUAUUCGUCAUGAACACUUUCAUGUUUUAUUCAUUGAUUUUGUUUAAUAUUUGAUUACAUUAAAUUUAUUUUAUACUCGUAUUAUUUGUCUCGGUACCUAGAGUAAGUAAUACUGGAGUAUAACACAAGUAAAUUUUAUAACUUUUAUGAGUAAAGCUAUAUUUUAGUGUAUUAGAGAGCUAGUCUUUAGAAGAAAGAAAAUGUAUCGUCCAUUAGUGGUUAGUAAAUCUAAGUUUAUGUAUACGGUGUCUAUAGUAUUUACAUAUACUAUAUUAUAAAUGUGAAAGUAAUUUUUUUUUCCAAAAUGUACAAGAAACAAGUUAUAGAGGUAUAAAAAAAUAAAUUAAUGGUAACUUUCAUCUUGACAAAGGUACUAUUCCGGGGGGAUAUAUAUAAAUACUUUUUCCACCACGUGACUAAACUCACAGGUAUAAGCUUGUAUUGAAUUGAGGAACAUGAUUAACAAAUAUGUGUUAUCGCUAAGCUAAGCGUCUUCUGUAUUAACAUUACCUUUCUUUAGUAGUAAAGCACACCUUUCUCUGGCCCGUGCACAAUUUCUUUGCUAACAAUCAUAUCUAUUCGUUGCUCUGUCGUCAUACGAAGGAAAAAUAAAUCAACUAACAAACUUAACUAUUAAUAAUACUGUGGUAAUUUUUGAGAAAUGAGCGUUAUUGUGUCUACAAUAAAUUGAAAUUAUGCCAAAUGGAAUUCGCUCCGCUGAGUUAAAAUAAUAUAUUUUUAAAGUCUUUAAAUAAGUACCUACGACCCGCGAAAUUAAGAUUUGUAGGAUUACAUUUUGACGCCCACGAAUCUAUCUUCUCGUGAAGAGCAAUACAGGGAUUUAGUCAUUUCACCAUUUCUAAUAUUAAAAUUGUUUCAAAAUAUUAAUACUUACACUAUCGUACAUCGAUAAGCUAAAUCAAUAUUUAACCAAUGUCAACCAGAUUAUAUUAUUAUUUUUUGGUUAAAUAGACAUUACUACGAGUAAUCGUUAAUGUUAACAAUAAAAACUUUUGGAAUGAUAAAUUUUGUCUUCAUUAAAAUUAUAUAUUGUCGUCAUUAAAUUAAUAAUAUAGCAAAACAAUCGUAAUAUAUAAAAUCUAGUUACUCUAAAAGUUCAUUGUGUACAGAGUGAAUAAGUACCAUAUUAUGAUGGCACCUCAGUUUUAUUAUUUUCUUUUCUGUGAACAUGAAUUAUUAUUUAUUUGACUCAUCGAACAAAAAAUAUUCAUCUCAUAUUAUUUAUCCACUCCAUAUCGACGCUUAAAAGGGAAACGUGACUAAGCGACAAUGCGUGAACUUUACAGUAGACUAAUUUAAAGUUGAAAUACCUGAAAAAAAAUCUAUUUUAACGAAUCUAGCUGUAGGAUUGAAAUGAUUUUAAUAGACCUAGAAAUAUCUUUUUUUACGCAUCGAAUAUAGUUAUUGUCUUUCAUUCAUGUAAAAAGCAGUUAUUGUCGCUUAGUCACGUUUGCCUUUCAAGCUUCGAUAUAUAGUAGCUAAAGCUUUAGUAGUGUGAGAUGUUAAAUCAGUUGUUGUUAAACCACGGGCAUUUUUUUUUUUUUGAGAUUCACUAUUGAGCAUAAAAAACACAGCAUUUAAGCUACUUAUCUCCUUAAAUUAAUUAAAAUCCUUAUUUGAGUCGUCUAUUAUCAAAGGUGGUAAUCUGUGCAUUUGGAGAAAAAAAUGUUAUUGAUAUGUCAAUACAGAUUGAUUUGAAUAUAAUCGUCUCCUUCAAAGAAUACGGUUCAAAACCUUCAUUAAAUAAAGGUUAAUACUUAACCUGUUAUUUAUCUAAGAUGUCGUUCAGAAGAGUUUUGUGACUGCCAAUGGAAUACAAAGUCAAUAAUUCGUUUUUUCUGAUUUACCAAUAAUUGUCCAAAAGUCACAUUGCCGGCUUUGAUAAUAGUCGACUCAUUUAAGUACUGUUAAAGUACGAUUAAUAUAAUACUUAAAUAUACAUAUACAUAAUAUAUACAUAAUACAUAAACCGUACUUGGAUUGCAUUAUUUUAUUUCGAUAUGUUCAAAAUACUUUAUUCUUACACAGAAAUAACAUUUGCUGACCGAUGUCGUGAUCUAACAAACAUUAUUUUCUAUUCAUUUAUGACAGACUGAUAAGAAAUACAGUACAAAGAUUUUAACUGCACAUUAAUUAAGCUUUAAGCUUUGUUGUUUUAGUUUCCCACGAGUGUGUAUUAAAUUUUUGGUAUAGUUUCGUACGUUUUAGAAAUAAUUGUUUGCUAUAAAAAACGUGUUUAUCGAAUAUAUUAAUAAUGCAUAUCCGUGAUAUUUUAAUGAACAUGUUUAUCCACAACAUUUUUUCCUGUUUCUUUCUCAAAUACUGGAAUUGACUUUUGAAAUAUAGCAAAGAGUUUGUAGUUAAUUUAGUGAAUGAAGAAAGCGAGUACAAAAUAUACUGUUACUGUAGUUACAGGCAUUUUUGGGAGUAGAAUAUCCGAUUUUUAAUUCUGAAUAAUUCAUAAUAUGUAUAAUUUAUGUAGCUCGUAUAAAAGAAAAAGAGAAAAUAAUAUAGUUUAACGUUUAUCCAAUUGAAGUCAAAGUGGUUUAUUUAUUAUCUUAAUCAAGAGUCUUCAAGUCUAUCAUAAUCUAUUUUAUCGUAAAAUAAGUUUUGUAGUUAAAAAUAUUUUUCGAUUUUCAGAUAUUUUUUGUUUUGUUCGUCAAAAUGCUUUCUCCGUCAAAAUGUGCGUCGCAAUGUAAUUUAUAAGAAGGUAAAAUUAGUUUCUAUGUUAGAUUUAAGUUAUUAAAUGUGCCAAUUUAGUAAUUUUUUUACGUGAGUAACUAACUUUUUUUAUGAAAUACAUUUUUAAGUAUACAA